AUUCAAGUUGUUUAUUUGCUGUGUGUUUCUUUUUAACAAUAUUAAAUAAUUAAAUUAGUUAAUAAUAUUAUUGCUUCAUUUCAUUAAUGUGCUGUGGCGUUGAAUAGAUCUUACACUUGGUUAUUUUGUUAGGAAUUUUUAUCCUAGAAGCCAAAAGAAAAUAUUCCCUGGGUGUAAGAUAGUAAACAAACAAUUGUGAAAUCAUGCUAACGGAUAAAGUGCUAGUCACCAAGGAUGCCCUGGCCACGGCUUUGGGUGACAAUUGGGAGCGCUACAGGGCCAACAUGAAGAAUUGGUUUCGCAAUCGCUGGACCAAAGAGGAGUUUGAUGCCGAAUCGCGCAAAAUAAUGAAUCCCACGCAAUUGCAUCUACACAAUCAAUUCCUGCUGGCGCUGCUCAACAAAAUCGAUGCAUUUGCUCCGCUGGAGCAGACCGUCACCAAUUACCAAAUGCAAAGUAAUAACCAGCGAAGCAGCGCAAGUGCCAGCGGGAGUAGCAGCAGUCGAAAACGUAAACGCAAUUCUCGUACAUUUGCCGAUCGUUUGAAUUUUGAACUCUCCGAUGUUUUGGAAUUCGUGCCCGAGGAUAAUAUGCAAGUGAUACGACCACCAGCUUCAAUCGGAUCGGCAGCAAGUACAGUGGAAGGAUUGCAACAACAAUUACCCAAUCAACGUUACUGUGCACAUGAACUCUUCCUGCCCGAUGCAGGAUUUAUAAUGGGCCGCUUCUUAAUUGGUGCCUGGGAGAUUGGUCUGGUUGCUGUCGAUGACAAUGUCGCUGAAUAUGUGGCCAUGGCUGUUCAGGUGCUACUCAAAGAUCUCUUAGCAUCGAUUAUACGGAAAAGAAAACAUUACAAGACAAGCGGUGAAGGUAAUUUCUAUUAUGAUGUGGGUGCUCCAUUGCGUGAUCCAUCGCUAAGGAAUACAGUCACAAGGCAAAAGGUUGAUGAUACACCUCUAGAGUUGGACAAGGAGCUAAAUACGGCGAAUUUCAUGAGAAGACAGAAUGAUGAUAUAGUUUUCCUGUCCGCCUGUGAGGAAGUUGAGCCCAGUGAGCGUACAGUGAUCACUCUUAAGGAUUGCCAACAAGCUUUUCGUGAUCGCAAUCUUAUAGGCUCCCAUGCAGUCUAUUCCAUCAAUAUGGAACGUCUCAAUAUGAUGAUGCAUUAGUAUUUAAGUUAGAUUUAAAUUAUAUAGGUAUAUUUAAUUAUCAAAGUAAGAAACGAAAAACAAAUAUUUAGAUUUUGGAAAAAUUGUUUGCCAAUAUAUACAAAUAAUACAUAUAUAGAGAUUUGUUGUAUCUUCCAAGAA